AUGUCGAGCUCUCUUCGACGGCCAGCGGCUGCCAGACCCAUCUCCAAACCAUCCGCCAAGGGCCUCAACAGCCAUAACCGAUGGUCCUCUCUAGCCAAUCUGCCAGAGGAAGAAGAUGAAUUGGAUCGGCUCAGUAACUUGCCUGAGGGUGUGUUGCUCGAUAUUUUAGGGCGACUUGACAUCGCAGAUGCUGCUAGAACUAGAAUCCUCGCCAGACGGUGGAAGGAGAUUCCUACAAUGCUCUCCAAUUUUUUUAUAACAGUUGGUUCCUAUGACGAUGAGCACAAUAGAGCGUUGACCCGUGAUGAUGUAGCUCGGGCCAAUGCCACCGUCCUUGGAGCAACCAGGAGCUUGCUGGAAAGCAGGACUAGUACAAGCAUAUGCACCUCCAUUAAGCUCCUGCGCGUGCAAUUCUUCUUGGGAGAUGGAGAUGUUACUAGUAUCGGCCAGUCUCUUGCCAACACCAUGGCAAUGAACAAGGUUGGGUCAGCGGAAUUAACUCUCUUUACAAUGAAGGAAAGCACACGAUGCAGAAAGGACGAUGUUCUCACUUAUGGGAUGCAGUUUAAGUCAUUUUUUGACGCCUGUCCAAAGGCAUUCAGUGGUCUGGCAAGACUCAAGCUAGAAAAUUUGAGGCUAGCUGAAUCAUCAGGCUUCCCUGAAAUUCUCAGUGUAUGCAAGCAACUGGAGUUCCUCCGCCUGUAUAACUGCGACAUGGGGUACCUUUCUUUGCUAGAAGUGUCACACCCACUACUCUGUGAACUCGAGAUUGUCAAGUGUGAUUUUGAGAGGGUUGAUCUCAUGUGGCUACCAAAGCUCAAAAUGCUGACUUAUUCUUGGUGGGUCUGUGAACACGAUCCUUUGUCUUUUGAUUACGUCCCACUGCUCCAGACUCUGAGCCUCACCAGUAUGGCUCUUGCACGGCACAAGGUGCUCAAGUUAAGUGACUUCCUUGGCAAAGCCACCAUAAGCGACCUGCAUCUAAAUUUUCUGUGUGAAAAGAUCUGGGUUAAACCAGAAGAACCAGAUCAAUUGUUGCAGGUGUUCCACAAAUUAAGGCAUGUGACUUUGACCCACAUCUCUGAAGAAUGCGAUCUGAAUUGGACAAUGUUCAUUCUCCAAGGUGCACCGUACCUUGAGGAGCUAUGCAUCAAGGUGUGGGAUCAUCCAUGUGAUAUUAUAGAGGAUGAGAGGCUUAGGAAGAUGUAUGGGUUUAGCGAGGACAAGAAGGACGCAUGUGCAGUGUGGGAAGCGCCUGCAGAUUUCAAGCACCACAAUUUGUCUGUGCUCAGGGUCUUUGGGUUUCAGUGCGAGGAGAGGUUUGUGAAUUUCGUCAAAAGUGUCAUGGAAGCAUCGGUCGCUCUGCAGGACAUAUACUUGUGUGAGACGCCGGUGUGUGCGGACUGUGAGCACAUGAGGCAGAAUGACAGAUACCCGCGGACAAGCAAGCUUAGGACCAUGCUUAGGAACAUAUUUGACAGGGGGAUGUGCUCGCCUCUGAGGAUUCAUUUCCCACUUUCAAGAACAAACUGA